AUGAUAAAUGUUCCUGCAACAGAGGGACAAGAACAUGUGACACGCACAAUCUCAGAACUCACCAGUGCGACGAAAUAUGAUUUCAGUCUCUUCACUGUUUUUGAAAAUGUCAGAAGCAGAGGAGUACACAUCACUGCAGUCACUGCUCCUCGUAACACAGAAGAGUUCAAAUCAGUUGGACAAAAUGAGACCAGUAUCAAUAUGCAGUGGAAGAAAGUGAAUGACAUCCUCAACUAUAUACUUGAAUUCGAUGGAAGAAUGAUAAAUGUUGCUGCAUCAGAGGGACAAGAACACGUGACACACACAAUCUCAGAACUCACAAGUGCGACUAAAUAUGAUUUCAGUCUCUUCACUGUGUUUGAAAAUGUCAGAAGCAGAGGAGUACACAUCACUGCAGUCACUGCUCCUCGCAACACAGAAGAGUUCAAAUCAGUUGGACAAAAUGAAAACAGUGUAACUCUGCAGUGGAGGAAAGUGAAUGACAUCCUCAACUAUGUCAUUUUGUUCAGUGGAAGCGAGAUAAAUGUUGCUGCAUCAGAGGGACAAGAACAUGUGACACACACAAUCUCAUUAGUCACAAGCGGGACUAAAUAUGAUUUCAGUCUCUUCACUGUGUUUGAAAAUGUCAGAAGCAGAGGAGUACACAUCGCUGCAGUCACUGCUCCUCGUAACCCAGAAGAGUUCAAAUCAGUUGGACAAAAUGAAAACAGUGUAACUCUGCAGUGGAAGAAAGUGAAUGACAUCCUCAACUAUGUCAUUUUGUUCAGUGGAAGCGAGAUAAAUGUUGCUGCAUCAGAGGGACGAGAACACGUGACACACACAAUCUCAGAACUCACAAGUGGGACUAAAUAUGAUUUCAGUCUCUUCACUGUUUUUGAAAAUGUCAGAAGCAGAGGAGUAAACAUCGCUGCAGUCACUGCUCCUUUUAACCCAGAAGAGUUCAAACCAGUAGGAAAAAAUGAGACCAGUAUAACUCUGCAGUGGAAUAAAGUGAAUAACAUCCUCAACUAUAUACUUGAAUUCAAUGGAAGGAUGAUAAAUGUUGCUGCAUCAGAGGGACAAGAACACGUGACACACACAAUCUCAGAACUCACAAGUGGGACUAAAUAUGAUUUCAGUCUCUUCACUGUGUUUGAAAAUGUCAGAAGCAGAGGAGUACACAUCACUGUUCCCGUGACCUUUGUCGUGCUGGUCUCCGAGUGUCUGUCCCAGGGAGGGAUGAGUGUGUCCUGCUUCUCUGAGGGAGCGAACAGUCCUCAGUACAGCUGGACUCUGGAUGGACACACACUGACAGACGCUCAGCUCCUCUCUGGAAACAAUGAGAGUUACAGCAUCACUUUGAAACAGAACAUCUACGGACAGCUGGUCUGCUCAGUCAGGGAUGACAUCAGUAGGAUACCUACUUGUGGCUUCAUAUACACUGACUGCACCUUACCCAAUGGCAUGCACAUAACACAGACGGUGCGUGUUUCCAGUAAAACCCUGUGUAUUGAGCUGACAGCAAACUCUAUGAUGAACACAGACACCACUGAGGAUCGCUCGUUGCUCAUAUUUGGUGUGCGAGCAGCUGUGGUGAUUCUUUUAUUAACUGGGAUCAUAGUCUAUUUUGUUUGGAAGAAAAAGAAAUACCAGAUAGCUGAAGGCUCUGCCGACUCUGGAUCUCGGACGAUGAAAUAUCAAGAGAAUUCUUUUGUGAUGGUUGAAAUGAGUUCUGCAACUGAGAUUUAACUUUCUGAAACAAACACCUUAGUGGCGCCUCUCAUCUGCUGCGAUUGGCCACGUGGCUUUCUGGAUGUGAAAACAGGGUUUAGAGUGGAAACUCUUCAUUUUUCAUUUUCUUCAUCUCAAAUUCACUUUUUAGCAGCUCAAUAUACUUUCCUCCCCAAAAAGUUGUGUGAGUUUAUUUUGCUUUUGUGUCAAUGUGGAAGCUCUGAUAGAAGAGUUAUUCAUUGUAACCUUAGUUCUAUGAUCACAAGCGCACCAUCUGAAAGUAGGAUAUCGUUUACAUAGAAUAAACUCAAGUGGACAGACUGUUGUAAAAGUUUCUGUGCAACACUGCUUUUACAGUGUGGUUAAGAACCAGAGGCCAAAACUCUACAGCUCAGUUUAUCCUAAAGCAAAACGUGACAUUGUGAAUAAAGCUUAUACUCAUUUUACUGUAGCAGUGCAACUCAUUUUGAUUCAUUUGGAAAUGGUUCCUGUAGAUUUCGACAUUGCCAUUGUCAAGAGAAAACAAUAAAUCUCCAAAAGGAGUGAUUUUGAUAAAUUGAAUGAAGCGUUUCUGUGUGGGUUGAGAAUAUUCUCCCACUUCAUCAGCUAAAUCAGUCAUAUUAAAACACAUUGGAUUAUCUGAAAAAAUGUCACAAAACUAGAAACAGGGAAAUUUUUAUUACUAGGAGAGAAAAGUUCAUGUUUUGCAGAUUUAAUGUUUUUAAUUUUGUAUCGGUACUUGACUUUGUAGGUAUGCAUAUUUUCUAUAGUGAUUUUGUAUUCACAGCAUC